AUGGUUUCAAAGAAUGUUUCAGACGGCAAGAGAUAUUUGGCGAAGAUUGGACGAGACAUAAUUCACAUUCUACUUCUUUUUUCCAUUUUGCGGCUGUCAUUGAAAACGAAAAGAGCACUUUAUACUGGUCAAAUCACAUCAGGAAACAUUUUUAUCAGCUCAGAACUUAUUACCCUACCUGAAAGACUAUGCUAUGUCUGGGUAUCUACCCGUGAUGUUGUUCUUAGAAAGUACAAUUUGCCUUGCAAUAGUCGGCAUCGCUACGGUUUGAAUUUACAAGCAAACCGCAAGAUUUCACAUGCGGCUAUUCUUCUUUUGCUUGCUGGUGAUAUUGCAACUAAUCCUGGACCAACCUUCAAGACGGUUAAUCAAUCGCAAGAAAAGAGUUUUAAAAAAACCCCACUGAAAUGUCUUCUUCUUAACGCUCGAAGUUUGAAAAGCCAGCACAAGCAAGGUAUGAAAGUAACAAAUAACAUUAAUAAUUUUCAAGAUUUAGUUUACUCGGAGAACAGUGAGAUCGUAUGUGUUAAUGAAACGUGGUUGAACAAGGAUAUAUUAAACUGCGAGAUUCUUGGUCCAGAUUAUGAAAUAUUUCGUAAAGACAGAGAAAGCAGAGGGGGUGGAGUGUUAAUGGCCAUUAAAAGUGAAUCGUUUAAACACGUGCGUGAGAUUGAAAUAAAUUGCAACAUUGAAAUUGUUACAGUGGACGUUACUACGCAAUCGAAGUCGCAUUUAUUAAUAUGUUCAUGUUACAGACCUCCAAAUUCAAAUGAUAACUGGCUGAAAGAUUUUAAAUAUUUUCUAAGCGUGAUUUGUGAUCAGUAUGAUGACGUCAUCAUUGCGGGUGAUUUCAAUUUACCUGAUAUUAAUUGGCAGAACUCUGGUGACGAGGCAACUAAAGCAAUCACAAGUGAAUUUUCUGAAAUUCUUAAAGACUUUUUUCUUUCACAAAUAAAUACGCAUACCACAAGAGGAAAUAACAUUCUUGAUCUAUUAAUCACAAGCAUACCCGACCAAGUUAAAAUAUGCGAAGUCCUUUCACCAGAAAUGACUGGAGUAGUCACUGAUCAUAAUGCCAUUUCGUUUGAGGUAUUAAUUUGUCCUUUCCGGCCACCAAAAACAACCAGAAUGGUCUACGAUUAUCAACUUGCAGAUAUUAACGGUCUUCGUGCAGCUCUGGAGUCUUUAAAUUUGAGUAACUUGAUAUCGGACAACGACGACAUAAACAAAGAUUGGUAUUCAUGGAAACACGCGUUUCUAACUACCGUUAAGAAAUACAUCCCAACUAAGAAAGUUAAAGCAGCAGAAACAUUCCCUGGCUAAACAGCGAAAUCUUGCAUUUAUUAAAGAAAAAAGAAACUGUCAGACGCCAACUUUCUCAUUCUCCCACUGAUUAUUUGCAUGGAAAAUUUAAAAAACUUAGAACUAAAGUUAAAAAUCUCUUGAAAGAGAGUCGUGAGAGAUACUUCUCCAACCUCGGCCAGAGUUUGUAUCCAAACCCGAAAAGCUUUUGGAAUCUGUUUAAAGUAAAAUCCAAAACCAGUACUAUCCCACAAUCUGUAUCGUGGACAAUAGGGAACGACACAAAAGUCGCUAACAACCCGGCGACUAUCGCUAAUAUGUUCAAUAACUACUUCUCCUCAGUAUUCACUCCACAAGAAGAUCUUCAAUCUAAUAACGCUACUACGACAGAUAUAAAUGACACUAUUUCUUCUGGUUCACCUAUGCAGUCAAUAGAUCAAUUAUCAGUGACGGAAAGUGAUGUUCUGAGAACUCUAAAAUCUCUCGACCCAGAUAAAGCAUUAUAG